UACGCCAGCGUGGUGGAGGAUGGGGAGCAUUACAUGACCCCCAGAGACUUUGUGCAGAAUUAUUUGGGUCUGCACACUCAGCCUCAACACAACCCUAAAACUGUGGAGCUGAUAGCUGGAGUGGCCGACACCACCAAAGAUGGAUUGAUCUCUUUCCAGGAGUUUCUGGCUUUUGAAUCAGUUCUCUGCGCCCCGGAUGCCCUCUUCAUAGUAGCCUUUCAAUUGUUUGACAAGAAUGGCUCAGGAAACAUCUCAUUUGAAAACGUCCGAGACAUCUUCAGCCAGACGACAGUGCAUCACCACAUUCCCUUCAACUGGGACUGUGAGUUCAUCAGGCUGCAUUUCGGCCAUGAAAGAAACAAGAACCUCAGUUAUGCAGAGUUCACUCAGUUUCUGCAGGAGCUGCAGCUGGAGCACGCUCGCCAGGCGUUUGCACAGAAAGACAAGAAGAAAAGCGGCACCAUCACUGCCUUGGACUUCAGCGACAUCAUGUCCACCAUCAGGCACCACAUGCUGACUCCUUUCGUAGAGGAAAACUUGGUUUCAGCUGCAGGAGGCAGUACCUCCCACAUGGUGAGCUUCUCCUACUUCACCGCCUUCAACGCCCUCCUCAACAACAUGGAGCUGAUUCGCAAGAUUUACAGCACCCUCGUCGGCUCACACAAGGAAACACUCGUCACUAAAGAGGAGUUUGUCCACGCUGCAAAUAAGUUCGGUCAAAUCACUCCGAUGGAAAUAGACAUCCUGUUCCAGCUGGUCGGCCUCCACUCCCACUCUGGGCGGUUGAACAACACAGACAUCGAGAGAGUCGCCCCGCUGGAGGAAGGAGCCAUGCCAUACCACCUUGCUGAGACUCAGAGACAGCAUGCUCACGAAACAUCGCGGCCCGUCUGGCUCCAGGCUGCAGAAUCUGCCUACAGGUUUAGCCUGGGCUCAAUCGCUGGAGCCACUGGAGCCACUGCCGUCUACCCCAUCGACCUGGUGAAGACUCGGAUGCAGAACCAGCGCUCCACGGGCUCCUUCGUGGGAGAGCUGAUGUACAAGAACAGUUUCGACUGUGCAAAGAAAGUCCUGCGUUACGAGGGCUUCUUUGGCUUUUACAGAGGACUCCUCCCGCAGCUCAUCGGCGUCGCUCCAGAGAAAGCUAUCAAGCUCACGAUGAAUGAUUUUGUCAGAGACAAGUUCACCACGGAAGAUAAUACCAUCCCUCUGUUUGCAGAGAUUCUGGCUGGUGGAACUGCUGGAGCUUCCCAGGUGAUUUUCACCAACCCUCUUGAGAUUGUAAAGAUCAGACUACAGGUGGCUGGAGAGAUCACCACAGGCCCCAGGGUCAGCGCUCUGAACGUCGUGAGGGACCUCGGCUUCCUCGGCCUCUACAAGGGAGCCAAAGCUUGCUUCCUGCGUGACAUCCCCUUCUCUGCCAUCUACUUCCCCGUUUAUGCCCACACCAAGGAAAAGCUGGCAGACGAAGACGGAAGGCUGGGCGCGCUGCAGCUGCUGACCGCCGGAGCUAUAGCAGGUGUACCGGCGGCGUCGCUGGUGACCCCUGCCGAUGUCAUCAAAACCAGGCUCCAGGUGGCGGCUCGGGCGGGCCAGACGACGUACAGCGGAGUCAUCGACUGCUUCAGGAAGAUCCUCAGAGAGGAAGGCUUCAGAGCAUUUUGGAAAGGCGCAGGAGCUCGUGUCUUCAGAUCAUCGCCGCAAUUUGGUGUAACCCUAGUGACCUACGAGCUGCUGCAGAGAUUCUUCUACGUUGACUUUGGUGGACAUCGUCCUGCCGGCUCCGAGCCUGUUCCCAAACCCAUGGUGAAGGACCUGCCCUCUGUGACUGCUGACCAUGUCGGAGGCUACAGUCUGGCUGCUGCAACCUUUGCCGGAGUGGAGAGGAAAUUUGGUUUGCACCUGCCAAAGUUCAAGUCCUCUGGAGGGUCCAGACCCGAGCCUCAGUCCUCAUAAACAGAGCUGCAGCAGGAGGGCGGCAUGUUCCUCAGAUUUCAAGCUAAUGUAUCAGAGAGCUUGUUUCACUAUAGAUGCUGCAUGGGUGUGGCUUUUCUUUUCUCUGCUUUGCUUUCAGUUUUACUGUACAUAUUGUACUUCUGAAAAGAGGAACAUUAUGGUUCAGUGAAGAAUUACUCCUUAUAUUUCUGGGUGUGUAUGACAGCUUUGGUGUGCAUGGGUUAUAUUUAACAAAGAUGUACAGAUAUUUUCAAAAUAUUUAUUUUGAAAUCAUAACUAUGGGACAUGGG